AUGAUGCAUGACUUAACCACAGAAACAAAAAAUUUAACAACGGAAGUAAAAGAGAUAAAGAAUGAACAGAGAAAGUACUGGGAGGAAUUAAACGACCUGAAAACAGAAUUGGAGAAAGUUAAACAAGAAAACCAAACUAAACACAAGGAGAAGGAAGAAAUGAAAAAAGAACUAAACUAUAUGAAAAUACGUGUACAAAGACUAGAAAAGGAAAGGAAAGUAAAUAAUGUUGUAAUACAAGGCUUGCCAAUAGAUACAAUCGAUAGAAAUGCACUGAAACAAACUGUAGGAAACUUCAUGGAAAAAGAAAUGAAUAUCAAUGUUCAAAUCGAAGAAGUUAUCAAACUGGGAGAAAAAACAUGUUUGGUCAAACUACAGAACAAGUUUGAAAAAGAAAAGAUCAUGCAAAAUAAAGCUAAACUAAAACACAUAAAAGGCAAUAAAGUAUAUAUAAAUAAUGACAUAACAAAAGAAGAACUACAAACACAGAAAAAAAUAAGACAAGUCGCAAAUGAAGAAAUUAAUAAGGAAAUCAAUGAAUCAUCGUUCACUUCCCAAAUUAACGAAGAGCCGACGCUACAAAUACAGAGCAAAAGAUCUUUUUCCGAAACAGUAACACCACCUGAUACUCCUGAAUGCUUUAAACGACCUACUACAGAUACACGUUCAAAAAAGAAGAAAACUACCCAAACAAGAAAUACUCUUGAUAUAAAGAAACAGAUGGAACCAACUAAAGCAUUUUUCGAAGACGAAAAAAAUCACACUGUUCUUAAUUAUCAAGAAACGAUACACUUCUUUGAAAACGCAUAUGGUUCAGCUAACACAUUGAAUGUUGCUCAAACUUUCACAAAAGAUAUUGAGGGAUUACUAGAAUUAUUAGACAACAUCUAUCCUCUGUUCGAUGAAAAAAUCAUGAAAACACGUUGUACAAAAAUUAAACGUAAAAUAUCUAAACAGUUGGAUGUAUUAUAUUCCUCCUUCGAAAUAGAUAGCGAUCAAGUACAAGAAUAA